AUGGCAAAUCUCUACGCUCUGAAGUCUACUCUCUGCCCUUCCUCCAUUUCCCGCUCCAAUUUCCCUCGGACCUCCGCUCCCGCCAAACGGAGCGUCUUCAGUAGCUCUUGUUCAGUCCAGAGACGAAAGUUCAGCGUUUGCUGUGCGGUGAAAGACAGCGAGGAUCAAAGCAAUGGUGAAGAGCCGCCGGAGUCGUUAUUUAUGAAGGAGUUAAGGAGGAGAGGCAUGACACCGACGUCGCUGCUGGAGGAAAGCAAGAAGGGCGGAUAUGGAGUUGAGGACGAUGAAACGAAACUAAGAGAAGGCGACAGAGUCUUCUCCAGGAGGAAUGCUGUGUCGACUGAAAUUGAUAAAGGGCUUUUGAAUCAAAGGGAGCGCUCCAUGGCCUUGAACAGUGAAGGCCUUGAGGGACUGAUUCCACGAGCUAGACUAUUACUUACAAUUGGGGGAACAUUCUUCUUGGCCUUUGGUCCGUUGAUUCUCGUAACUGUUGGUGCUUUCACUGCUCUCUACUUGUAUUUUGGAGCAAGUUUUGUGCAUGAUGGGAGCGCAACUCCGGUGUCGCCUCCGCAAUACAUCGAUCCAUAUGCGCUGCUGGAAGACCAACGAAUUUCUGAUGUAGCGCCUACCUUGAAGUGA